CUCAUUUACAAAUAUCCAUAAUGAAUUAUUAUUUUGAGAGACUGCAGCUCAAGUUUCCCUCAGAUAGGAGAGAAGAAGAAAAAAUGUGAUGGCUAAAAUGAAAGUCGAUGCGAGGGCAUCAUUGGCAAUUGCAGUUAAACUUCUGCAUUUGAUUGACGCCCAUGAUGCAGAACAGGACAACGACGACGAGGACGAUAAGGACGAGAAGGACGAGAAGGAGAACGAGGACGCUGACGACAGCGCUUGGAACUUAUGUUGCUGAUUUUGGUUUUGCCAGUUGACGUUGAUGUGAUACAUGUGUGCACAUAUGUGGUCUCUCUCUCUUUUCUCUCCUUUCCUCUCCUCUCCCCUACAUUCCUUCUCUCGCUCUCUUCACGCUGCUCACUGAAAAUGCCAUUUAAAUAGCUCGAGGCCAGGGCCUUUUAAUGCUGAUGCUGAAAAGCAGCAGCAACGUGAUUCACAACAACGAUUUGCUGCUGCUGCAAUGCAAACAAACUCAACGAGUCGAUAUCCUACAUAACUUCGGAAAAAUAAUAAAAAUCAGUGAAAUCAAAUAAAGGUAGAGAAACAUUGAAAUUUAAAUAAGUAAAGUUAGCUCUGAAUUAUGCUAAUUAAUAGAUG